GGCGCGCGCGCGGCGGCCAGCCCGCAGAAGCCGGGAGCAGCGCACGAAGGAAGAGCGUCAGCCGCGAGCCCGGGCGAGCCGAUCUGAGUUGUAUCCACUCUGAUCAGCACUCACUCACUUAGGACUUUCCAGACGCAGGACUUCAGAGUAAUCAGACUCCUCAAGAAAGUGACUGUAAUUUCCAGUUCCUUGGUGGAGGAAAACAAAAACACUCUGGUCUUGCUUCCAAUGAUGCAAGUGUGAUUGCUGGCGUCUUCAUGAGCUCCAGAGGUCACAGCACGCUACCACGGACUCUCAUGGCCCCUCGGAUGAUUUCUGAGGGAGACAUUGGAGGCAUUGCUCAAAUCACUUCCUCGCUCUUCCUGGGCAGAGGCAGUAUAGCGUCCAACCGGCACCUCCUCCAGGCUCGUGGCAUCACCUGCAUUGUUAAUGCUACCAUCGAGAUCCCCAAUUUCAACUGGCCCCAGUUUGAAUAUGUUAAAGUGCCUCUGGCUGACAUGCCUCAUGCCCCCAUUGGACUAUACUUUGACACCGUGGCCGACAAGAUCCACAGCGUGAGCAGGAAACACGGGGCCACCUUGGUGCACUGUGCCGCAGGGGUCAGCCGCUCGGCCACGCUCUGCAUCGCAUACCUGAUGAAGUACCACAAUGUGUGCCUGCUGGAGGCGUACACCUGGGUGAAAGCCCGGAGGCCCGUCAUCAGGCCCAACGUGGGCUUCUGGAGGCAGCUGAUAGACUACGAGCGCCAGCUCUUUGGGAAGUCGACAGUUAAAAUGGUACAGACACCUUACGGCAUAGUUCCAGACGUUUACGAGAAGGAGUCCCGACACCUGACGCCUUACUGGGGGAUAUAAGUCACCAAAGCCUGCAUCAGCAGCGCCUCGAGCCGCGCCAGCGUCUGCCCCCCCUCCUCACCUUUCUUUCCAAAUGGCUGACUUCUGGUUCUCCCUGAAGUGUUUUUUUACACUGGGUGUUCAUAUCUAUCUAAAGAGAGAAGGGAGGGAGGGGAGGAACGUAAGAGGAAUGCUUUCAUGGCUACUGACAUUUUUAAAACUAACAUUUUGGAAUAGUGUUUAUGAAAAUCUUUAACUGGCUUUUAAUCAUUUUUAACAAUUUGAACAGUUUAAUAAACUGGCUCAGCUCUAUUCUCAAUCCCAUGCCUUUUGGCACCAUGGGAGGAGCUCAGCGCAAAAAUCACUUUGGGCCCUGAUUAACCCUUUAGAUACAAGCUUUGCCCAAGGCUGCCGACCAAACAAAUGCUUAGGGAACAUUGAUACCAGUGUCAGUCUCUACUGGAUCAGCCCUCUUUCCUUUCCCCCUAUUAUUUAGUGACUGUAAAUUAAAAAAACAAGCCUUUAUUAUUUAGCUGUUAAGUAAUUAUAAUGAAACCUGCUGCAAACACCCUGUUGGAAUCAAUGUGCCCCAGGACUAUAUUAGCAUUAUUUUUAAUAAAUAUAUCUGCUUAACAUAUUGGCAUUUUUACUGAUAAGAAUUUCAGGGUGUGUGUGUGUGUGGAUAAGGGAAGAAAGAUGCUCUCCAAUAGCUAGUAAGUAAAAUAUGGCUCCUGUGAUAAUUAUGAAUGCUCCUUAAACCAGACAUCCCACUUGAAUCAUGUCAGCAUUGCCCAUCCUUGCAGACGGGCAGAUAUUAACAUCAUUCACAGUGUUGGAACAGUAGAAAACAGCACA